AUGACAUUGCAUGAAGAAGAUGAUGCCUCCCUAAUAGAUGUCGACCCGGACACAGACAAUUCUCAAGAUGACCUCGACCAGAAACCGCAGGCUCAGGAAGCCCUCCUCCAGGCAUCCCAGCACCAUUCCCUGAAGCACCAUCUUCUCGGUCCUUCCUUGACCAAGGCUGGACAGGAUGCGGUCGAUCAGAAGAAGGUCUCUGAAAUUAUAUACGAGGCCUCCAAAGGCUCCAAGUUCUUCAACAAUGAAGAAGUGAAGGACAGGAACUUGACUUUGAAGAUCGAGCGGAUUUUAAAACAAAAGGCACAACUGGAGAAGCUCGACCUCAAGACAGACCUGCGCCGGGCAGACGACUACAUUGCAUGCCUCGAAUUGGCCAGAGACCUCUCACAGUAUGUCGUUCACAUCGACUGCGACGCCUUCUACGCCGCUGUUGAAGAGAUUGAUCGACCUGAGCUCAAGACUGUCCCCAUGGCCGUCGGGAUGGGCGUCCUUACCACCUGUAACUACGAGGCCCGGAAAUACGGUUGUCGCAGUGCCAUGGCAGGAUUCGUGGCGAAGAAACUAUGCCCUCAACUGAUCUGUCUACCCUUGAAUUUUGACAAAUACACAGCCAAGGCAAAAGAAGUAAGAGCUAUCCUCGCAGAGUACGACCCACGUUUCGAGAGCUCUAGCAUCGACGAAGCCUACAUGAACAUCACAGAGUACUGCAACACUCACGGGAUCGAUCCCGAAGCUGCAGUUGAGCAACUGCGAAAGGAAGUGCAUGAGAAGUGCAAGAUCACGAUCUCCGCCGGUAUUGCGCCCAAUGCCAAAUUGGCCAAGAUCUGUUCCAAUAAGAACAAACCCAAUGGGCAGUUUCGAAUACCCAACGAUCGAGCUGCUGUCAUGUCGUUCAUGUCUACACUCCCAGUGCGCAAAGUCAACGGCGUCGGUCGUGUGUUUGAGCGAGAGCUCGAUGCCAUUGGCGUUAAAACGUGCGGUGAUAUCUACGUUCAGCGAGCAUACCUCUACAAGCUCUUUGGAGAGAAGGCAUUCCAGUUCCUGAUGCAGACCUAUCUUGGUCUUGGGCGCACGGCUGUACAGCCUGCUGAGGAGUAUGAGCGAAAGAGUGUAGGAACGGAAAGUACAUUCCGUGACAUCAGCAACAAGCAAGAACUUCGCGAGAAGCUUCGCCAUACAGCCGAAGAACUAGCUAAAGAUAUGGUCCGCGUCGAGGUCAAAGGUCGGACUCUGGUUCUGAAGGUCAAGCUACACACUUACGAGGUCUUCACCCGACAAGUCGCUACCCCAAAGGCGGUCCACCUCGCAGAUGAUCUCUACAACUACAGCCUACCGAUGUUGGCCAAACUCGAGAAGGAGAUCCCGGACUUCCGGCUGCGUUUGAUGGGACUACGAUGCACCCACCUAGUCAGCACCAAGAAAACGGGCACUGAUUUCUUCGGCCGCAAAUUCAACAACGACAACGGCUCUACGGGUAUGCAAGCAGAUGAUGCAGAAUGGGAAGUUUGGCCAGACUCAGAGUUCGAAGAAGCCGCACGGCAGGAAAGACAGGAGGAGAUUGAAGAGCUAGAGCGCCUAAGUCAGGAGCAGCAGCGUGACGCCGCCCAGAACCUGGAGCCGAAUGCUCUUUUCCCAGGAGCCUAUGUCUCUACAGCAGACUGGCACGAACCCUUUGGCAGGUACAAGUAUGGCAGCGAGCCGAACUCGCCGGCAGCCUCGCCACAAUCCAAGCAUGGACGGGUGCUGAACAAAGCUGCUCCUGCUGUGCCGGCCUUGAAAGAAGAGCACAGGCAAGAAGCAUUAUGGGACUGUCCAAUCUGUCAGCUCCCGCAACCAGCAAGCGACAGGGAGUUCAACAGCCACAUCGACCUGUGUCUCUCGCGGCAGACGAUCAAAGAGGUGGUAGCCGAGGCAAAUGGAUCUGCUGCAGUCGCAGCCUCUAGCAGAGCAUCGCCUGAUGCAUCCAUGCUAGAUAGGCCGAAGUCUGUCAAUGGGGUGAAGGCUAAGAGAAAAGUCUCCUCUAGCAAUAUGAUGGAGCCGGAUGUGGCUGGCGGGAGAAGGCAGAAGAGACUAUUCUUUACCUGA